CUCUGCUGAGGUGACAAUGUGCUAGGACUCCUCACUCGCUCUUCGUGCCUCCUCGGCCUUGGCGCCCGCUCUGGCCGCGCUCACGGAGUCCCACAGUCCGCCGCUGCGCUAUGAGGGCGCCUCUCUGGGGCUGGCCGAGGCCGGAGCCGGCUCGCUCUGCUUGCGAGGAAGUGUGAAGAGAGCGCGGGCGGGAGCUGGGGCUGCGCACCGAGCGGCACUCUUGGGCCAGCGCGGGAUCCAGGUGAGCGCCGGUUUGGUGAGCAGUGCUCUCGGCGCCGCUGAUCGCCGCCUGCCGGGUUUGAUCGGAGGCUGAAUCAAGUGCGUGGACCGCCCUUCUCUCUUCGUGGGAUCCUUGGCCACGAUAGCAGAUGCAUUUUUUUAGAAGUAUUUUGAGGAUGAAUGUUUUCAAGUCAUUUUGAAAUUUCCAAGCACGACAUACAUGGGAUGCAUCCUGCCUUCAACCUGGAGUUUACCUCUGUGGCUUGGAUUUAUCACAGGAGCAUUUGCCUUCAAUCUCUGUGUUAACUAGAAAUCAAGUAAAGACAUGAGGAGAUUUGUUUACUGCAAGGUGGUUCUGGCCACUUCACUGAUGUGGGUCCUUGUGGAUGUCUUCUUACUACUGUACUUCAGUGAAUGUAACAAGUGUGAUGACAAGAAGGAGAGGUCCCUGUUGCCUGCACUGAGGGCUGUUAUUUCAAGAAAUCAAGAAGGCCCAGGAGAAAUGGGAAAGGCUGUGCUGAUUCCUAAGGAUGACCAGGAGAAAAUGAAAGAGCUGUUCAAAAUCAAUCAGUUUAACCUUAUGGCCAGUGAUUUGAUUGCCCUUAAUAGAAGUCUACCAGAUGUAAGAUUGGAAGGAUGCAAGACAAAAGUCUACCCUGAUGAACUUCCAAACACAAGUGUAGUUAUUGUGUUUCAUAAUGAGGCUUGGAGCACUCUCCUUAGAACUGUUUACAGUGUUAUAAAUCGCUCCCCACACUACCUGCUCUCUGAGGUCAUCUUGGUAGAUGAUGCCAGCGAAAGAGAUUUUCUGAAGUUGACAUUAGAGAAUUAUGUGAAAAAUUUAGAAGUACGUAAAAUUAUCAGGAUGGAAGAACGCUCUGGGUUAAUACGAGCCCGUCUUCGAGGAGCAGCUGCUUCAAAAGGGCAGGUCAUAACUUUUCUGGAUGCACACUGUGAAUGCACAUUAGGGUGGCUGGAGCCCUUGCUGGCAAGAAUAAAGGAAGACAGGAAAACAGUCGUAUGCCCCAUCAUUGAUGUGAUUAGUGAUGAUACCUUUGAAUAUAUGGCUGGGUCAGAUAUGACUUAUGGGGGUUUUAACUGGAAACUAAAUUUUCGCUGGUAUCCUGUUCCCCAAAGAGAAAUGGAUAGGAGGAAAGGAGACAGAACAUUACCUGUCAGGACCCCUACUAUGGCUGGUGGCCUAUUUUCUAUUGACAGAAACUACUUUGAAGAGAUAGGAACUUACGAUGCAGGAAUGGAUAUCUGGGGUGGAGAGAAUCUUGAAAUGUCUUUUAGGAUUUGGCAAUGUGGAGGCUCUUUGGAGAUUGUAACUUGCUCCCACGUUGGUCAUGUUUUUCGGAAGGCAACACCUUACACUUUCCCUGGUGGCACUGGUCAUGUCAUUAACAAGAACAACAGGAGACUGGCAGAAGUAUGGAUGGAUGAAUUCAAAGAUUUCUUCUAUAUCAUAUCCCCAGGUGUUGUUAAAGUGGAUUAUGGAGAUGUGUCAGUCAGAAAAACACUAAGAGAAAAUCUGAAGUGUAAGCCCUUCUCUUGGUAUCUAGAAAACAUCUAUCCGGACUCCCAGAUCCCAAGACGUUAUUACUCACUUGGUGAGAUAAGAAACGUUGAAACCAAUCAAUGUUUAGACAACAUGGGCCGCAAGGAAAAUGAAAAAGUGGGUAUAUUCAACUGUCAUGGCAUGGGAGGAAAUCAGGUAUUUUCUUAUACAGCUGACAAAGAAAUCCGAACUGAUGACUUAUGCUUGGAUGUAUCUAGACUCAAUGGACCUGUAAUCAUGCUAAAAUGCCACCACAUGAGAGGAAAUCAGCUAUGGGAAUACGAUGCUGAGAGACUCACGCUGAGACAUGUUAACAGUAACCAAUGUCUAGAUGAACCUUCUGAAGAAGACAAAAUGGUGCCUACCAUGCAGGACUGUAGUGGAAGCAGAUCCCAACAAUGGCUGCUAAGGAACAUGACUCUGGGGGUGUGAAGACCAUGUCCCCCAAGCCAUGAAAGUGUCUACACUUUUGGUUUUCCAUUAUUUCAAAGAGGGGAAAAUAUUAACUGCUGAAAUGAAAGUUUUAAAACUCCUUUUAGUAUUCUAAAACAUAGUUAUUUAUAAUUCAUUUUUAGGAAUGUUGAAUUAUUUCCCUACUAAAAUUUGUAUUCAAUUGAAUAAGCACAUAAAAAAACAUCGAUAAUAGAAAGUGUUAUUAAACAUUGGAACAACUUGAGAAACAAAUUGUGUUUGCUUUAAAAAAAUCUUACUGCCCUCAUGUCACAAGGUUAAUGGGAGGUUAAUUUAUUUUUGUUGUCAUAGUGAUUAAGAGAGAUAUAAUGUAAAUGCCUUACAAAAUAUCUUCAUUAUGAAAUACUAUCAAUUGCUUUGUAUACUCACUCUUUGUACUGGACCUACAUAGGAACAUGUGGAAUUUCUAUGUCAACAACUAUGAUUACAUUAAAUUAUUUCUGAGUAUUGAAUUCAAUAUACAAAAUAUUAGGCUCUACUUUUUGUACCAGAAAAAAAAAUUAAAUUGGAUAUUGAAUUUGUAGAGUCCUGUAUACAAACAUCACAUGUAAAACAAAAAGGAAAGAAUAAUUUGAAAAUUCACUUUAAAUAGGAAAUGUAAAUUCAAAUGAAGCCAGCCGAAAUUAGCAGAUAUUGAGGGGAAUGAUGGAGAGAAAUGGAAACAAUUCUUGAAAGAGACAUGGCAGCUGGGUUGCAGUCAUUUCUAAUUUAGAUUGAAGACAAACAACCUAGUUCCUAGAGUUUAAACAGCACAAACCUAGUCCUUAGCCAUGUCUCUGUCACCACAAACACCACCAUCCCUUUCCUCCUUACUCUAGAGGAUGUGGCUUAUCACUUACAUGGUACAGAAUUGUAGGACAAAAUUAGAGUUUAAGACUUAAUUUUUAACUCUUUAACAUUUAGAAAUUUAAGUUUGAUCACUAUUGUAGUUUUAAUCUUUAACUUUAAUGAAAUGAAAGCAUCCUUAUUAGAAUUUCAAUUGCCAGGCCAUCAUGUCUAACAUUUCCAUCACCAGGGAAGUGAACUUAAUAUACAUUCAUUAAACUUUCAUUUUAAUUAAACUGCUAGAUGUCAAUUACUCUAAAUUUUGACUCAAGGAACAGAGUCAUAAUUAGGGAAGUUUUACAUGCUGUUCAUCUUAGAACACUUUGUGUUCAAAAUACAUGAGCAGUAGAAAAAAAGGAAGAAAAAUCAGCCAGUGUGAUUCUUACUAAUAAGUUUCUGUAUUUGACCUUAUUUUAAGUGCCCAUAAAAUUGCUUCACACAAGUGUUUUAUUCAUGAUAAAUGUUUUGAGCAGCUCAAAAUAAAUGAAGGUUGGGAGUGGGGCAAAAGAUAGAAGACAUGUCUUCGGGACCAGAAGAUUCCAAUUUUUUGACCCUCAUCUUUUUUAUAAAAGUUCUUAAAUAAGGCAUUAAUCAUUUUGUCUACGUACAACUGCCCCCUCUACCUACACUGUUUUAUAAUGAAAAGACAAACAUUUUCUAAAGGUUAAUAAAAUCUUGAAUGGUUUUCUUAGGUAGCAUUCUUUCUUCCUUUGACUUUGUGUUGGUUCAAUUCUAAAGAAGGAAUCUACAAACUGGAGCAUUUCAGGUUUGCUCUUAUCAGUGUAGACAUCCAUAUGUGGCAGUCUCUGGAAAGACCUGAAUUUUCUAAAAUUGUAAGCAGAAGUUUGAAUGUCAGGGCAUUUUUUUUUUUUCUUUUUGAGGUAGACUUUGUAGUUGACAACAAAUUUAGAGAGGCAGAUCUGACACCCAAUAAGCAGUGAAUCACUACCUUAAAUUGUUCAUGGUCUCUCAGAUCAGCUGAGGCCUGACAACAAUCCCCCUUCCCAUUUCUUACUAUUUUUCCCUUCAUUUUCUUCUUGUCCUGAAUAAAAUGUCCCUGUGCAACAUCAACACUAUUCCUUAAAACUGAAAAGCUUAAACUCUCAAGGGUUAUUAUUAUUUUAUUUUUUGGUGCAUUGUAAUCAUAUACAAUAGUGAGACUCACUAUUGUUAUGUACAUGUACAUAGCAUAAUUUGAUCAAUAUCAUUUCCCAGUGUGUCCCCUUUCCCACUCCUCCCUCCUCAACCACUUGCUCUACUAUGCCUAUCUCCUUCUAUUAUUACUAUUAUUAUUUAAUUAGUACAUUAUAAUUGUAUAUAUAAGCCACAUUCAUUGUGGUAUAUUCAUACUUGGACAUAGCAUACUUCGAUAGACUUCAUUCCUCAGCACAUCCCCAUUUUCCCCCCACCCACUUGAUCUUCCUCUACUCUAAUUAGUUUCCCUUCUAUUUUCAUGAUAUCUCCUUUCUUAAGCUAUUUUUAUUCUCUCCCUUUGUUUUCUUUAGUUUCCACUUAGAAAAUAAUUGAUGCUUGACUUUGAGUCUGGCUUAUUUCACUUGGCAUGAUGUUCUCCAGUUCCAUCCAUUUACCAGCAAAUGACAUAAUUUCAUUCUUCUUUACAACUGAGUAAAACUCCAAAACUUCAUUAUUUCUUUAUAUACAUUUCCUUUAUUCAUCAUCUAUUGACAGGCAGCUAGGCUGAUUCUAUAACUUGGCUGUUGGUAAUUGCACUAUUAUGAACAUUGAUAUACAUGUAUCACCAUAGUGUGCUGAUUGUUGUUCUCUAGCUAACAGUGGGAUAACUGGGUUAUAUGGAGGAUCCUAGUCAUUUGAGGAAUCUCCAUACAACUGUCCAAGGUGGUCAUACUAAUUUGCAGUCCCACCAACAAUAUUAGUUUGCAUUUUCUCCAAAUGAAAUGCAAUGACAGAUAUUUGUGUUCUUUAUGAUUGCCAUUCUAACUGGAGUGAGAGGAAAUUUCAGUGUAUAUGCAUUUCCCUGAUCACUAAGAAUGUUUAAACAUUGUCAUACAUUUGUUGACUAUAUGCAUUUCUUUUUUUGAGAAAUACCUGUUUAGAUCAUUUGCCCAUUUAUUGAUUGGGAUAUUUCAGGGUAUUUUUUGGUUUGUUUUAAGGUUUUUGUUUCUUUAUAUAUUUUGGAUAUUAAUGCACUUUCAGAGGAGUAACUGACAAAUGGUAUUUUAUGUAUCUUCCAGUUAUUUUUGAUUUGUUAAUCAAAAGGCAUGUAUCAACUAGUAAAUGGUUAAAUGACAAAUUUUAAAAAUACAAUUACUUCAUGUAAGCUGAAUUUGAAGUAUUUCAGGAGCACUUAAAUGAUUGAAAUCUUAUUAUUGUCCUAGAGAAAAUACAAGAAACCUAAACCUGCAUGAAUUUUAUGCUAGGGAAGAAUUUUUAAAGAUUAUUCAGAUGGUUGGAAAUAUACCAUUAUAGUGCCUAACAAAUAAAGACAUAGAAUAUGAUAAACAUCCCAAACUAGAAAGUAAUGAAACAUUCAAAUUUUCUUUCAAAAAUAUUUGCCUAUAGUAUAGAAAAUUAAAACCAUUGGAUUUGCAAAGCAUUCCUUAUUUCAAACCACCCUCUUCCAAGGUGUUUCUCAUCUGAGCUAAUGCAACUCCAACCUUCUAGAUGCUCAGGUCAGAAAUCUAAAAUUACUGUUUUCUUCUUUCUCAUCUUUCUAUUAUCAAAUUCAUUUGAUGCUACCUUUGAAAUAUGACAGAAACCAAUGUUUUCCCACCAUAUUCACUGUGGGUCACUGAUUCCAAACUUUUUUUUUGCACCAUGCUUAUAGUUUGGUUUCCCACUUUUGCACUCCUUGUCUCGGUCUUUUCUCAAUGUAAUAGACAUAGUGAUUCUGUUAAAUAUCCAUGAUUGUGUCAUUUCCUUGCACCCAAUCUUCCUAUGAUUUUUUCAUUUCUCCUCAGAGGCCUUCAAGGUACCUCCUGAUGACAGCUGAGUCCACAGACCCUCAUACCCUGCGUUGCAGAUGAACACUCUCUCUCUCUCUCUCUCUCUCUCUCUCUCUCUCUCUCUCACACACACACACACACACACAUCUUUCUUAUCUCUUACAUCUCAUUUUUUACUUACUCCAACUGGUUAUCAAGCGAGUUCCUGCAUUAGUGUAUUGUUCCCUCUGCCAGACAGAGCUCUUACUCAUUUUCUUUAGAUCUCUGUUCAAAUAUGACCUCAUCAGGAAGGCAAACCGUUGUCCUGCUGCCCACCUUAUCUCUGACAAGCUAUUUAGUUCUUCUGUCUGCCUUUCCAUUCUUCCCAUUCCCCCACUCCAUCACACACCCUAGAAUAUGUUUUUGUUUGCCUUUUUAUUUUUGUUUUUGCUUGUUUGUUUGUUUUUUUGCUGCACUGGGGGAUAGAUUCCAGGGCCUCACCCAUGUUGGGUAAGUGCUAUUACUAAACUACACCCCCAGCCCAGUAAGUUCAUUUUAAAGGUAGUGUGUGUAUUUGUCAAUUUUGUUUACUGGGUACCCUCAUUAUCUGGUAUAGUUCUUAGCACAUACUAAGUACUCUUUAAAUAUUUCUUUAAAUAUUUCUUGAACUAAUGAACUGAAAAGUGUGUAUUAAAGUUGCUAAGUGCUACUGUGUAAUUCUUUUUUGUAUGUUAAAUUUUAAAGCCCAGUAAUAUAUUUAUAUAAGAUUUGCAUAAUUUGUCUCCAAAUGAUAAUUUUCUUCCUAAUAUCCUUCAUAUUAAAAUAUGGACUAUAUGUUGUUCUCUGUAAUAAAAUAUCCUGCCUUAUAGAAAUGAAAUAUGACAUUUAUAUAAAUGCUGCUAUAUUAUAUAAGUUGCUUCAUUAAGCUAAAAAUAAUUUUAAUAUUAAUUUGUUGGGUUGUGUUCAACGAACCCCUGAAAGUCUUAAGAUUUUAAAUUUUAGAGGGAGGUAUAUUACAUUUUCUUAAAAUUCUUACAUAUUUUCAUGGUCUAAUAAUAACUGUUACAAUAUUUAUUUUCUAAGUGCAAGUCUAUGAAGAAAAACAAUUACAGAAAACUUAAAAACUUUACAGAUGAUCUGUCCUUAGGUUCUGUGUUUCUAGAUAAUAAGGCUGAGACUCAGAUAGGUAACAGUUUCCCAGGGAUCCUACAGGUACAAACAAUGAGACCAGGACUCCUCAUUGUUAAUAUAUAACUUCAUACUCUUGCUCCAAAAUAUUAUAAAAGGGCAUAACUGUGAGAAAAAUGUCUUCAUUAAAAUUUUGCUAUUAGUACAUUGAUUCUUUAGAAAUAUUUAAAUUCUUACAUCUUUCAUACUUACAUAAAAUUAGUUCUACAAAAAAUAACACAGGUAAUAAGACCUGCAAGGGGGGGAGAAGAAGAGGAAGAAGAAAUUUCCUGAAAACAGUAUGAUUACAGAACAAUAAGACAUUCUAGAAUCAUUAAGCAAACUGCGUUUUAGGGAAACAAAGCUAAGCCUCUUAAAGUAGUAACUUAUGGAGCACAGUCUCUUCUGUUUUCUUCAAGUUAUUAUCUUCAAGUUAAAUGUAAAGCUAGCCUACAGUUUGCACAGAGAACUAGACCAUCUAUUAUUGUGAACAUUUGUUAGUUCUAUGUUACUAAGUUUCAAAGGCUGCAGGGUGAUCAGCAGAUUUUUCUAGGCUUCCCAGAGUAACUCUGUAGACUCUAGUAAGCAUAAGUCAUAAAUUUGAUUUUGCUUUGGUGCUUAGAAACAGUCUAAUAAAUAAAAAUGAAAAAUGAAUAAAAGGAGAAGAAAUAAAAUACAAUAAUUAGCUGGACCACUUUUUAAAAACUUUUUAAAAAAAUUGCUGGGAGGUUGGAAUCAUACUAUAAUGGCUUAAGUGCACUCCAAAAUAUUGACUUUCCCCCACAUACAUUGUUCCCAUCAUUUAAGAAAUAAGAGUCAUACCCACUUCAACUUGCAUCUCAUCUAUAGAUGCUAAAUCUAGUCUCAGAGGUUGCAAACUUUUAUGAUUUUUUUAAGUUAUAAAAAAGAAAUUAAAGAUCUUAAUGGAUGUGUGAAUAUUCACAACUAGUUGUUCUGCAUAAUUGAUAUCUUCAAGUCCUGAAUAUAUUUCCAAUUCAUUUGGGUUACUUAAAUUCAAUUUUCUUAAGGCAGCUUGUGUUGCAGGAUUCAACUUCCCAACCCUUUUCUCCACUGUGUUAAAAUAAGGACUAGAUAAGAUCAAUUCCUCUUCUCUACAGUACAGGAUGCAUCUGGUUUGACUAUAUGAUGUUCAAACUGCUAUUAAAUAUAAGGUAUUGUAUAAAUUUAAGGUGUUAAGUGAACACCAGAAAUGUUGUUUUAAAUACUUUGUGUAAAUUUGUGCCCAACUUUUGUUUUAUAUUGUUCAAUAAAUUCUAAAGGAAAUUUUCAUUGUAUUUGUUUUAAAAUCGUUCUGAAAUAGUGAUGCAGGGCAGUCUUUUGUCAACUGUCUUUUAAAACAAAGACCACUUUAAUGACUUGUGUCACCAUUAUAUAAAGUUAUUUGUUUUUGUUAAGGAAAACAAAUCUAAUGAGUUAAAAGAAAAAUGAAAAAUUAAAUGAUUAAGGCUUUAUCUAUAUAUAUCUAUUUUAACAACUGAAAUUUUCAUUGUGCAUUCACUUAGUGUAAAAACGAAUAUCAGCUGCUGCUUGGUUCCAUACUUUCAGCUAAGAAUAGCACAAGGGGGACAAAAAAAGGACUUGCUGAUCUUAUGAAUUGGUGGGGGGGUGGAGUUUUUGUUUUCUCAGUCAGUGUAGUCACAGCUAGAGAGAAGUAAUUUCAAAAAUGUUCGAGAUAUAUGCUUGACACAGUUCUUUAGCAUUUAUAAAAGUAAAUUGUGCAUAAAAAUUAAACAUUUUAAAUAUUGUAAGCAUUACCACAUGGUAAUUGUUCUUUACUGUAAA